UUUUGCGUUUCUGAUUUUGUGGCCAUUAUCUUCUCAGACUCUCUGCUCUUUUAGCUCACAGAAGAAAGAGAGAUGGCGAAUUCCAUUUCAUCAAUAUCUCUUCCUCGAUGUUUCAUCUUCAACAAUGGUAGUCACAAAUCAAGGCCAUGGCCGAGCUCAAGCAGUCUCAUUCUCAAUAACUCAUCAAAUCAUCAUCAUCAUCCACUAAUCUCUCUUUCUUCUUCGCCAGCUUCCGUCGUAGAAACUGGUGAUGACGAAGAAGACCUCAUUUUCAGUGGUUGCAGAGGGUGUGGGAAAGAAGAGAAAGAGAGUGGGUGUAACGGUGACGGACGGAUUCAAGGUGGCAUUGCAACUGUCCCUGGUUUCGGUUGGUGGCCCAUUAAGGCUUACAGGCCUUGUCCCGCGUUCGUGGAGGCCGGAGGUAGAUACCGCCGCAUAGGACAGAGCAUGGACGAGGUUGCAUUUGGUCGUGGUGACUCUAAAUCCUCCACUUCUAUAGACACCGGUGAUUCACUACUAAGCAAUAAAAAAAAAGCCUAGAAGUUCUAGCAAGUGAUAUGUAUAGCCCAAAGUGAAGAACGUUUUUUGGAAUUUGUAAUGAUACAUUAAUUGGGCCUAAACAUAUUAUCGGCCCAUUUAUAAGUUUACAGCCCAAUAGUGAAGAAACCUUUAAAAAAACGUUAAAAUGAUUUUUUUCAUUCAGAAGAAAAAAACAAAACCCUUAUUAGGUUUCUUUGUCGGCGAGAGAUGACAUCAAUGGAGGAAGUAGCGAGAGAAGAAGUAGAGAUCGGCAAGGAUCUGCAGAGGAAAAUAGAGAAGACGGUGAAGAAGAUCUUGGAAAGUUCGAACUUGUACAAGAUAACAGAGAUCAAGGCGCGAGAAGAAGCUUCACUUGAAUUGGAUCUUGAUCUUUCUCAAGAUCCUUACAAGGUCAUCGUGAGAGAAGUUGUUGAAAGUUUCCUCGAAGAAGCCGUAAAGGUAAUCGGCAAUAGGAUUGCGAUGCUUCCGGAGAGGAUAGAGUCGAGUAUUUAGAUAUUGUUAAUCAAUCUAAAAGGAGUUAUUUUUAUUUCGAUCCGAUAUUGGAUAGUUUUAUGGUGAACUUAUGUGAUUUCUCAAAGAUUGUCUCCCGAUAAGAAAGAUGUGUCUAAUUAAUUCGGGGAAUUGGUAGAUGGUGAGAUUUUUAA